GACUGGCAGAAGAUGGACGACAGCUGGAGGCCAACAAGAGGCUGGUUAAGCGACGGGACGAGCAGAUCACGCAGAUGAUGCUACUGCUCGAGAAGGUUGACAUGUCCAAUCUGACGAAAGCCGUGGCGGAGCUGAGCCAUGUGAUCCAAGCAGAGUUACCCCAUGCCGUGGCGUGUCUGAACAUCCAUGUCCUUCCCGGCCUCUCCCAGGGCGGAAACAAGCAAGUACGUCUGGCCAUGUCAGGAGACCCCCAGCUUUGUGCUGCAUGGCAUCAGCGCAGGCAGCUCCAGGGUAGCAAGCACCUGGGUCAAGGGGCGGUGGCACAUUUCCACUCUCUCCGAGACACCACGAGUGUAGAACAUCAGGAGAAGAUGACUGAGCUCGUGUCCUUGCACUCCCAUUCAGAGUCGGGCUUCUUGCUGGAUUUGCCCAGCGAUUGGGUUCGCGGUUGGCCAGAGGGUGCCACGAGCUUCCCGCAACACGCGGGAUCCCUGUGGUAUGAUUUUGCAGCCGUCUGGGGGCCGGUGAAGGAGGCCUGCAUGAUUCGCACGCAGGAUCCGGCCGUGGUGCACUUACUCUUCGACUUUGGCAGCCAAGGCCAGGGCGCCAAAUGCCUCUUUGAAUUGCUCACGGACCGCUAUCUCUACAACCCCUUUGCGCAGAGCCAGACCUACCCGGUUCGCUGUGCCUUGGGUCACUUCCAGGAUCUGAGGCUGCAGCUGCUGCCAGAGACAGCCGAUAGUUCGGCUGCAGUCCCUGGCACCUUCGAGCUCCGACGCGUGCAUGGGGAGGAGAUGAAGACGCCGCAGAUCAUUCGCGUGAGCCCGCAGCGCCGCGUGAAGCUCGGGCGAGCCGAGGAUGCUGCUGACAUCGCCCUUCAACUCGCUCACAUCUCCAAGGUGCACGCAACCUUGCAGGUCAUCGGAGAACGGCUCUUCAUCCAGGACACCUCUGUGAACGGCACGUGGGUGAAUGAACGGCGCAUUGCCAAUGGUGUAAAGGUGGAGCUGAAGCUACGGGACAGGAUCUCCUUCUUGCCCUCCUACACCA